UUAAGAAUGGUGCCAGCACUUGUGACUCUGUACUUGUUCCUCUGUUUCACAAACUUAAGCAGUUGUGAGGCUAGAAUCAGACGUUACAGAUGGGAGGUGAAGUAUGAGUGCAAGUCUCCUGAUUGCUUUAAGAAGCUUGUUAUCACCAUAAAUGGCGCAACUCCCGGGCCCACCAUCCAAGCACAGGAAGGUGAUACCAUCGUUGUUGAACUUAAGAACAGCUUGUUGACAGAAAACUUUGCCAUUCACUGGCAUGGUAUCAGGCAGAUUGGAACUCCUUGGUUUGAUGGUACGGAAGGGGUGACUCAGGGUCCAAUUCUGCCGGGAGACACAUUUGAGUACCAGCUUGUAGUUGACAGACCUGGAACGUAUCUGUACCACGCACACUAUGGAAUGCAAAGAGAAGCUGGACUGUAUGGAAUAAUCAAAGUGUCACCUCGUGAUCCUGAGCCCUUUACUUAUGACUACGAAAGAAGCAUUAUUCUUAAUGAUUGGUUCCACAAAAGUACAUAUGAACAGGCCACUGGAUUGUCGCCAAAUCCUUUUGUCUGGGUGGGAGAGCCUCAGUCUCUUCUGAUUCAAGGAAAAGGAAGAUGCAGUUGCUCUAAACUCACAGCUCCAAGCUUAGACGCCGGAGUUUGCAACGCAUCAAACCCUGAAUGUCCUCCUUAUGUCCAGGCUGUAAUCCCUGGAAAAACAUAUCGACUCAGAGUUGCUAGCUUGACCGCUUUAUCAGCACUCAGUUUUCAAAUUGAGGGCCACAACAUGACCGUGGUUGAAGCAGAUGGCAUCUACGUUGAGCCUUUCGUGGUUCAAAACCUGUUCCUGUAUUCUGGGGAGACAUACUCUGUUCUUGUGAAAGCAGAUCAAGACCCUUCAAGGAAUUACUGGAUCACUUCGAAUGUUGUUAGCAGAAACCGAGCCAUACCACCUGCUCAAGGCGUUUUCAACUACUAUCCCAACCAUCCAUGGCGGUCCCCUUCGUCAACUCCGCCGCCUCCCCCUGCUUGGGAUGAUGUUGAACCCCGCUUGGCUCAAAGCCUCGCCAUUAAAGCCUGGUCAGGUCACGUCAAAAAACCGUCCUCAACCUCAGAUUGUUAUCGAUGCUGUUCGGUGAACAAUGCGUCAUUCACUCUUCCCCAUACCCCUUGCCCAUUUGCCUUCAAACACAACACCACCAACGCAUUCGAUCAGACCCCACCUCCUGAUGGCUCCGAUCCUCUUGGCUACGACAUCUUUAAAGUGGCUAGCAACACGAACGCCACUUCUAGCAAUGGGAUUUACAGGCUAAAGUUCAACACGACGGUUGAUAUUGUACUUCAGAAUGCCGACACCAUGAACAGAGUGAAGGUUGUCGUUAGAAUUGAGACCCAGUACCGUUCAAUUUCUCUUUAUUUUAUAAUUUCACUUACUUUUGGUUUUUAG